GCAUGGCGCGCAUUACAUCCAAAUGCGGUACUAUAGUUGGUGUUAUUAAGAAUGGAGUCAACUUCCAGAGUACUCAGAAGUCAGCUUGCCUCAAAUCUCAUUAAUAUUUUUGUUUGUUCACGCCCUAUUGUUUCUUUUUGAGCAUGCCAUGCAAUUUGAGACCGGAGUUUGUGCAUGUGAAAAGCAUACCGUUGUGUCUCCUAAAGAGGAGGCGAAUUAUGAAUGUGGAGUCGGUCAGUUUCCAUCAUCAUCUUCGACAGAUAAAAAUCCACCUCCCAUCCCACCAAAAGCUUUUAAACAAAUCCCCCCUCUUCCUCCAAAACCCACAUCUCGUCCACUUCGACAAAUAAAACAUAGAUGUAUAAAAUGUGAACCAAUUAUCAACUUGGAAAACCCGAAUUUUUCGCCCAUUGGUCGCUUUUCAGACGUUUGUGCGGUAUGCAGGCGAAACGGUUUGCAUCCACACUCUACAUGUGACGUUGAUUCAAUCGAUAAACCUCAGAAACAUCCAAUCGACCCUCUACCGGAUCACGAAGGUGUAAACUACAAAAAAUGUCUUGAAUGCCCUCAAACACCUAACAGCAACAGUAUGAAGUUCCAGUACUCGUCGCACCAAAAGAGUGAAACAAGUAGACCAGGUAAAAUUUCAUCUGACGGGAAUGGUAAUUCCUGUUUGUUUACGUUCGAUAAAAAUAUUUCUAAUGCGAAAAUCACACAGCCAUCCAUUUGCAAACGGUUCACAAAACGACAUAUCUGUCAGGGAGUCCUGAAACAUCAAGAAGUUAAUUUAUGCGAGCUCGGAAGGGAUUCGAGCUCAACAUCUGACUUACCAGCAUCAAACUGUUCCUGCUCUGCAAAAAUAUGGGGUCCUAAUGGUGGUAAUAAACUAGACUCUAGCUAUGCAUCGAACCAAGGAUGCUUUUCCUCAGAAUAUCGUGGUCUCAAUUUAAUUUCAGAUCAUUCUGCUGGCCGAAAGAUUUCACGGUAUCACCAGGAGCAAGUUGAUACAAACAAAACAAGGUGCGGCAGUUUACAAUGGAUAUCUGACACUUUCCAACGUAUAUUUCAUGCUUCAAAGAGCUUCAAAUCUCCUAAAACAAAUUUUCCCCACCCACCAGAUGAUUCCGUUGUAAAUGUAAAAACUUUACCUCAUCUAAAUGAAGAUAGAUUUUGUAGGCGACUGAAACCGCUUGUUCAUAAAAGGGAUCGCGAAUGGAAGACGGAUAUUUUCGAUCAGAAGUUUGGGGGUCGUUUCGUACAACAAAAACGUUCUUUCAGUUAUAAUAGUUCUUUUAUUGAAGGAGUCAGAUUUAGUUCAUAUAAUCAGAAUGGCUGUGAAUCUAAUGCAACUCUGAAUCCCCGUGUUGACCAUCAUUCACUUCCACCGAGAUCAGAAAACAGUCGGAGCUCUAUUAUUAAGUGUAGGAAUUCGCUUUUCAGUCCAGAUACAACAAAAAGACAUUUUGAGCGCCUUGAUAGUAUAAGCCCUUCAAACAGUCGAUUAAAACAGGUACAUGUAUCCAAAACUAUAGGAGCUUCCCAGUCCAGAUACCAGACUCCAAAUCAUCCAAAUAUGUGUAUAAACCAUAAAAGACCAGAGUCUGCCCUCGCAAUGAUUUGUGCUUGUUCCCCCUAUGUAUCCGGUCACGUAAACCCCCUUGAUUCUACUAGAGAAUGCUUUUCUUGCAUGGGAAAUCAUUCAUCAUCUACAAAAGUUCCAGCUUGUGGCUGUCCCAACCGCAAAAACCAUAGGUGUUGGUUAAACAGUUCAAAUUGUUCGGGUAUAUCGAAACCCCACAGCGGGAAAGAACAAAACAACGAUGAAGUUACUACUCCUCAGUUCAAUGAGGGGAUUCUUCCACUAAACCCUGAUGUCUUACUGGUUAAAGAACAUGAAAAUAAUUCCAACUGUGAUACUACGAAUUCAGUUACUUCUCACCUUCCCUGUGAGAUUCCUGUCGAUUCCAACAAAAAGGUCUUAAAAUGCACUGAAGGUAUCGAAUUUGGGGUACAUCCAACUACUAUAAUUGACAAGAACGGUCAAAUUCAUCACGUCCAUCACAUACACCAUGUCCAUCAUGUUCACCACCACCAUCAUCACCACGAAUGUGCAGACGGUGUCUCCAAUGAUAUUGCAUCCUGUCCUCUUAGUCCAGUUACCAGUCCAGUUGUCUGUGACAGACAACGUCCACCGACAACAAUUGCAUCUGCCUUGGAAACGUGCACCAUAGAGGAAGCAAUAGUCAGUUCUCCAUCUUCCUGUCAGAAUCAGCAGGUUGGCGUUGCGGAACAAGUUCCUGUGAGCAGUUGUCAUACCUAUAACGCCUAUGAUGUUAGGGCGUCUGAUAGUAUAAGUACAGCAGCGCCCAUCAGCUCAACACGCACAUCUAGCCAAAGGUUGUCAUCUACGUUACAAGAUAGUCGAUCGUCAUUUCAUCGAAGUAUGUUAGAAUUGAGAAAGGUAAGGUUCUGAUUUCUAUUUUUAACACAUGAAUAUUUGUCACUAGAAGUCUCAACCAAAUUUAUCCGAGGAAGUAAAGCGCAAUGCUAGGGAUUUUGUGGCAUGUUUCUCUUGUUCCGUUGAUGUAGACGAAGUUCAUUUCUUUCCACCUGUAUAUAUAUGGAGGAAGUCGAUCUAUAGUGAAGAGUUCCAUUCAAUUGAUUGUUCGACGAUGAUCCGUAGUGUCGCGACUUGAUCUGUGCACGACCGAUCCUUACGGGAUUCAACCUGUUGGGCAUCUACUGAGUCUUUCGUCCGGUUCAGCAUCACUGUUGAAAAUCUUUCGUGGUACUGACAGUAGUGUGAUUCCUGUAUAGUUUUGAUAUUCGCUCAUAUCUCCUUUGUUUGGUAUCUUGAAGAUGUAUUGUUCUUUCCAGUCUGUCGGUGGCACUUGUUCUUCUUCACAAAUCUUCCUCAAUAGAACGUGGAGCAUGUUUGUAGUUACUUCUAUGCGUGACCUUAGCGCUUUGACUGGUAUAUUGUCGGGUCGUGCUGCUUUCCCACUGUUGAUUCGUCUGAUGGAUAUUGUAAUUUGUUCGAUCGUUGGUAGAAUGAGAUCGAUAGGAAGAUCUGUGUGUGUGUGUGUUGUUUCGAUAUGCAGUGGAUUCAAUGGAGCUGGUGUAUUUAAGGGUUACUCGUAGUGUUCCACCUAUCUAUUGCUCUGUCAUUGAAUGUUGGUGAUUGUUUUGCUUUCCUUGUGCUUGACCGAUCUCUCUGCUUUGUCUUAUUUCCCUGUUGGUUUCUUCGUUGUGUUAUAAAGUUGUUUGAUAUUUGGUUCUGUUGCAGCUUUUUCCGUUGCCGUUGUUAGGUCUUCCAUAUAUUUGUGCUUGUCAGUUUUAGUGCUGUUGUUCACUUAGUUUUUUGCUUCUGUGUACUCAACUUGUGCGUUGGCUUUCUCUGUUCUAAUUCGGCUGUUGUUGAUUGAUGUCUUCUUGUUCUUGCUUUCUUGGAUACUGCCAUCGAUACCAAUAGAGAUCUACAGCUUAUGGUGAUGCUUCUUUGAUCACAGAACCUCCGGAUCGAAUGGGUUUCCGCGAUUCUGAGAACCGUCAAGUUGUAUCUUCUCAUUUCCAUAGCUAUUUGAUUGGUCCUUUCGGUCUCCCACAUUGUCUGAACAUUCGAUGUACGUAUAUCAAUUGUUGCUGUGGUUGUUAGAAGGGACAUCGGUAUUGUGACUUCCGAAGAAUCUGGGCUUUCAACAUGAGGUGUGGUAAUUUUUCCUUGAAGUCGAAGGGCAGAGUUUAAUUGGUUUAAAUUGUUUAUUCUGGUUAGCGUUUUCUAAGCAAGUUUGUUUUUUACGGGAUGAGGUUUCUGACCCCAUGCACCCUAAAAUAACUACAUGCGGAGUUAUUACAAACACUAUCAAUAUACUAGCCGAAUUAUAAGAACAUUUCAACUGUUCCCAUCGACUACUCCCAAGAAGUACAUACAGGCGUAGUGUGCUGUUAGUGUCAGUGAUCUGUUUUACAGUUGAACGCACGUGUGAACACCGUAUUUAUAAACACUUGUUGAUCAACGGUUAACUAAGAUUUACGUCAUAUGUCUAUUGUUUGACUAGAAAAAAUUGCAUCUGCACAUCCGAGAGUUACGACUAUAAAUAGUCACAUUUUAUCUACAUCGUUCUCUACAACUGAACAAUAUCAUUAUACAGUAAACGUUCUUUAACUAUUUCAUCUAAGACAUUAUUCACUAUACUUUAGACAAAAUUAUACUCUUUUAAAUCUGCAUUAUAUAGUUCUCAUACAUAUUUUAUUACUAUAUUACUAGUUACUUAAUUGUAAAUAAUGAAUAAAAACCAUUAAACAAUUUAAAUUCUUUCAAUGUUUGAGAUCAUGAGUCAAUUGAAACUAGACCACCAUGGAAAACUCCGAAGUGCUGGACGGCCGUUUCGUUCAAUUGUGGAACUCCUCAACAGUGCGCAUCCACGAUCUCGCCCCUUCCCUCCACAAGAUUCGAACCUAGGACCUAUGAGUCUCGCGCACGCAAGCGCUUAACCACUAGACCCCAUUGAAUCGGCAUCCAACGGUGUUAAUUUCUAACUUCAACUAAUUCUAUACAAACUUGUAUCAAUGAUUUAAUGAAAUCUUAAUUGUAAAUAUUAUUUUUCCUUUAUCAAGUAAUUUACUUGUCCAAAUUUUAGUUUUAUUCUAUUUAUCCCUAUAGAGAUUUAUAUUUGUAUUAUUUGUAUUCUGUAUGUACUAAACAAUUUGAUUAUGACUAUCAUCAUACUUGUAUAUUCUUAAACAAAAAGGGUAUGAAUAUUAUAUGACUCAUUAUAUGUGUGCUAUAUACAAUUGUAUGUAUCAUAAUUAUUUGUCUAAAAAUGAACUAUUUCACAUAUAUCCUUUACUAUAAUAAAUGUUUAUAUAUGUCUGUCUAUACAUUCUUCAUUAGAAUAAAUAGUCCCAAAAUUAGAACAAUCGUAAACUUACUAUGAAUGUAACAACUAUUUUACAUUUUUCUAAUUAAUAUUUCAUCAGUUCCUUUCUUUUUUUUUUAUGUGUGUCCAUGAUUUUCUCUACUAGUCUGCUUUUUAUGUUACCCUUAUAUCGUUUCAAUAUUGUUUGGGUUUAUUUUGUUGUUGAAGAUCUACUAGUUGAAUAAAGUUAUUUAUCCUCU